AUGGGGAUAUUACUCAAAGACUGUGACCAACCAUUCCCAAAAGAGGAAGAGAGACGCUGUGCAACUUCAUUAGAAUCACCAGUUGAUUUUGUGGUUUCAAAGAUAGGGAACAAGGUGGAUGUUUAUGUGACAGAGGAAGAGAAUGAAGAAACAAAGAUAGGGAACAAGGUGGAUGUUUAUGUGAGAGAGGAAGAGAAUGAAGAGGCCCAAGAAUACACGAUUGGUAAGAAAACGGAGUUGGAAAAAUGGAGAUGGUUCAGUAUCUGUCAAAAGAAGAAGUUUGCUUAUGCGGUGUUUUGCUGUCAUAAGAUUAAUGGCACAAAGGCCUCUUAG